AGGGAAAGUAUCAGGCGAUUUCAGUUUUGAAAUCCGAGAGGCUAGGAAUUUUGUCUAUAAAAGGGCAGCUUCCCCUGCUUUGAUCACCAUCAGCAAGCAUCAAGCACAGCAACCAGCAACACAAUCAAACAGAACCAACCACUUUCCAAAACUUCAAACAAUCUUUCAAAAUGCAACUCACCAGCGUCUUCACCUUCAUUGCUCUGGCCAUCGCUGGCGUCUCAGCCAUGCCUGGCAACAGCCACCCACCCCCAAAGCCACCCCCACCUCCCCCAUCUCCUCCUGUGAUCAAUCAUCAAGUCAACUACUGCUCCUCGGGAGACCCUUACUGCUGCGCCCCGUCGAGCACGGAUGGCAGCAAGUCAGGCACCACCUGUGUUAAGUCCACCACGCAAUGCAACUCCGUUUCCAUCUGCUGCAACAACGCUGCUACUGGUGGAUCCAACGCCGCCCAGUCCUGCACCUCCACCAGCUCUCUCCUGCAGCCCGUCAUCUUCAUCUAAGCGGCUACUGCUUCUGGCAUCGCUGUUCAUCCUCUUCGUUUGACAGCCACUUGCUGCAGUCUUGAGUGCUCCCGUAAUCCU